GGUGGAAGGUCAACAGUUGACUGAGUGGUUGUAUGUCGGCCAGUCACAUGACUACUGGGGGAAGCGGUAAAUUGUUCUAGCCCCGUUUCUAGAAGUCUCCCGCGGGAUUUUAUCAGCGCGAUACUUCUUUUUUCUGGUCGCGUUUGCCUCCGACAUCUUCCCCAAGCCAGCGCAUCAUCAUGUGGCAUUCAGGGGCUGCUUCAGCACGAAUGCACCUGUCAUCUCUGCUGUAUGAAGCUUUUCAACCAGAUCUUGCUCGCUCUACCUGUCGAGUUUAUCAACGUCGAAGCUUGUUCCCGAUAACGCCUCUUGCCUAUCGCAAGCCUGGCGCCCAACGCAGUUUCAGCUCCACUCAUCAAAUCCAGAUACAUAAGUCUCAUUCAUUGUUGUCGUCCAGCGAUACCCUCGAAUAUUCUCCGGAUGCGACGAACAAGAUAGAAACAGCCACACCGGCAAAGAACGAACGUGGCGACAACUCGACAGAUACCGUCGUACAAACCCCAGAAUCCUCAUCUGAGACUAACCGGGUUUCUUUUACAAAACGAACGGAUGCCAAAGGCGCUGGUAGAGGGAGAGCUGAAGGCUCUCGCAGCAAAACCGAUUCACGCGGCGAUCGAUCGAAAAUGAAGCCCUCGGAGAAGACCAAGCUUUUGGAGAAGACAAAGCCCUCGGAAGGGAAGCCAAAGACUUGGAGGGAUGCCAUCAAAAAUACUGGCCCGCCGAAGAAGAAAGAGCACUGGCAAACCCAGAAGGCUGCUCUGAAAGAGAAGUUCAAGGAAGGAUGGAAUCCUCCUAAGAAACUCUCCCCCGAUGCGAUAGAGGGAAUCCGACACUUGCAUCAGGUGGCACCAGAUAAGUUCACCACACCUGUUCUCGCCGAGCAGUUCAAGGUCUCGCCAGAGGCGAUUAGACGUAUCCUGAAGAGCAAAUGGCGUGCAUCAGACAAAGAAAUGGAGGAUCGCCGGAAGCGAUGGGAGAGACGACACGAUCGCAUCUGGGCUCACAUGACUGAGCUCGGCUUACGACCACCUACCAAGGAUACGGAAAAAAUUCAAGACUCGCAAGUCCUCUUUUAUGAGGCUAAGGGCGAUGAAGACAAGGUAUAGACGACCUCGCUAUGGCUUGCAGGAGCACAAACACUGUAUAAUACCAUUGCAUGAUGUAUAUUGACGAGCAGGGACGGUGGCGUUGUAUGGGUUGGCGUCAUUUCACUUCUUCCUAUCUCUAAAUCGAAGGCAAUAUCGUCUGUC